UACUUCUUUUCUUAAAAAUUUGUUGUAUUUGUAUUGUCUAAUACAAAUAUUUAUCACAAAUAUUUUAAAAAUAUAUUGAAGAUUUUUUCUCUGCUCUAUAUUCGUCUAAUGAGGAAGAUAAUCUUUAGUUUGCGAGAAAAAUCUCUUAUCUAUGGAAUAAUCAAAUUUUCCUUUUCAAAUUUAUCUUUACCAAAAAUGUAAUUAAUGAUCAAAAAUGUGAAAUUUCUCCAAAGAAAAUCUUUUAAAUGCAAUAUUCUAAUAAUUCGAGGAUCCAAAACGGCGUCGUAAAGAUUUAGGUUAAAAAUUUUACUUGUAAAAAUCUCUCCCUUGUAAAUAACUCCAAACCUCCUCUCUUCUGCCUCUCUCAUUGCAACUCUCCAUUUCGCGGCCCUAAACUCGUUUCUCUCGGAGAAUCUCUUUAGUCCUUCAAUCGACAAUGGAAUUCUGGGGAGCGGAGGUUAAGGCAGGGAAGCCACUUAAAGUGAAACCUGAUGAAGACGGUCUCAUCCACGUUACUCAGGCAUCUCUUGGUAUUGGGAAGAAGGGUGAAACUGCUCGCUUGUACGUGACUGUUGGUGGGAAGAAGCUUGUGAUUGGAACUCUUUCUCAGGGGAUUAUGUUACGCUCUGAUACCACUUGUUGCGGAAUUCGUGGUUCUUCUGAUACCACUUGUAGAGUCAAUCGUAACUCUAACAAGACUUCCUUGGGGAUUCGUAGUAUCCCCUGGUCCCUUGAUCUUUCCCAUUGAUUCAAUCCUUGUUCAUGACACAAGAGUUUUUAACCCAGUUCGCGGCCGCAGCACACUACAUCUGGGGUGGAUCCGGGAUCCACAACAUCCACUAUGAAGUAUCGGAAAACACCUCCGAUGUGGUUUACAAGAUCAUUACUCUCUCUGUUCUUGGGUAUGCAAACCCUAGAGAGUAUAAAGAGAUAAUACAAGAGUACAUGGCUAAGAGCUAAGCCUAGAACAACAAAUCAUCUCUAGCUUACUCUAUCUCUCUAAGAGACGCCAUGGAAGCCUUCCUGGAUGCUUGAGGCUCGUGCCUCCCAGAAGCUUAGCUUAGAGAUCUCUGUCGUGAUCUCUCCUUCUUUGUAUUGUCAGCACUUAACCUAAUGGGCUUUAUCGAUUAGGCCCAUAGGUUGUCCACGCGUAACUUGUGCAACUCGGCCCAGCCGAUGAACAAGUCCGAUGGGCUUGACCAAAC